AUGCCCGCUGGCAUGUUCAGCAUCGAUAGUAUUUUGGCUGGGAGACCCAGUUGCAAGGACUCCGUUUUACUGCAUCGGAAUGCUCCGGUCGUGUUCUCUAAUUUGACGGAUUCACUGUACACAACAGAUUAUAACGGACUGUAUUCGCACCCCGCUGGACCAUCGGCCUCAAACAUCCAAGCAGUAAAUGGGACUAGAAUUGGAUAUAAUAACUAUUAUUAUGGGCAGCUUCAUGUACAGGGUCCAACUGGCCCAGCAUGUUGCGGCGCAAUACCAGCUUUAGGCUCACAACAGUGUCCGUGCAUACCUACAGGUAAGCGCUACGAAAGUACUGGCUCGAUGCUCCUCUCCCCAGUCCCGCACCAGAUGAUGUCGUACAUGAAUGUGGGUACCUUAACGAGGACAGAACUUCAAUUGCUGAACCAGUUACACUGCCGACGUAAACGGAGACACCGGACGAUCUUCACCGACGAACAGCUGGAGGCUUUGGAGAACCUUUUUCAGGAAACCAAAUACCCAGAUGUUGGCACCAGGGAACAGUUGGCACGAAAGGUGCACCUUCGCGAGGAAAAAGUUGAGGUGUGGUUCAAAAACAGACGAGCGAAGUGGCGAAGACAGAAACGGUCAUCCUCCGAAGAAUCAGAAAACUCUCAGAAAUGGAACAAAUCAACUAAAACAGCCACAGAGAAAUCUGAGGAAGGGAAAAGUGACGUGGAUUCAGACAGCUGA